AGCCGUCGUCGUCCGAUCUGAUGUCGCCGCGUUGAAACUAACUAAGUGCAACCCUGAUAUGAUCAUAUGCGUCGCCGGGCUCUGAUAUGCAUCAGACGCUGGGCGCAGUACGCCUUGCAUACCGCUCGCGCAUCGCACACCUCGUGAAGUCAGGUAUGAUCGACAACGCGGUCCAGGUGUUCGACGAAAUGCGUCACUCAAGCUACCGCGUUUUCUCCGUCGACUACAACCGUUUCAUCGGGGUUUUGGUCAAAGACUCGAGAUUCGAGCUCGCCGAGGCGAUAUACCGGGAUAUGACUCCAAUGGGCUUCUCCCUCAUCCCAUUCACUUACUCGAGGUUUAUCUCGGGUUUAUGUAAAGUUAGAAACUUUGAUCUCAUCGACGCUCUUAUGAGGGACAUGGAAGCCCUAGGAUACGUGCCGGAUAUCUGGGCGUUUAAUAUCUAUCUGGAUCUGUUGUGCCGAGAGAGAAAAGUUGGUUUUGCUGUUCAGACGUUCUGUUGUAUGGUUCGGAGAGGUAGAGAACCAGAUGUUGUAUCUUAUACUAUACUUAUUAAUGGGUUAUUUAGAGUUGGCAAGGUUACUGAUGCUGUUGAGAUUUGGAAUGAGAUGAUUCGUAGAGGGAUUAGGCCGGAUAAUAGAGCAUGUGCGGCACUUGUUGUUGGGUUAUGUCACGCUCGGAAAGUUGAUUUGGCGUAUGAGAUGGUGGCGGAUGAGAUAAAGAGUGCGAGGGUUAAGCUUAGUACAGUGGUUUAUAAUGCGUUGAUUAGUGGGUUUUGUAGAGCGGGUAGAAUAGAAAAGGCGGAAGCUUUGAAGUCGUUUAUGAGUAAGAGUGGGUGUGAGCCGGACGUUGUAACGUACAAUGUGUUGUUGAAUUUUUACUAUGAUAACAACAUGUUGAGGAAAGCGGAAGGGGUCAUGAGUGAGAUGGUGAGAAGUGGGAUACAGCCUGAUGCUUAUAGUUAUAACCAGUUGCUGAAGCGGCAUUGCAGAGUUAGUCAUCCGGAUAAAUGCUAUUCCUUCAUGGCUAAGGAGAUGGAGCCUAGAGGAUUAUGUGACGUUGUCUCCUACAGUACUCUGAUUGAAACGUUCUGCAGGGCGUCAAACACUAGGAAGGCUUACAAGAUCUUUGAGGAAAUGAGAGAGAAGGGGGUGGUGAUGAAUGUGGUGACGUACACGAGUCUUAUCAAGGCUUUUCUUAGGGAAGGUAACUCUAGUGUUGCGAAGAAGCUCCUCGACCAGAUGACAGAGUUGGGUCUGUCACCAGAUCGAAUAUUUUACACAACGAUUCUGGAGCAUUUGUGUAAAUCAGGGAAUCUCAACAAGGCUUAUGGUGUUUUCAAGGACAUGAUUGAGCACGGAAUCGCACCCGAUGUGAUUUCUUAUAACGCCCUGAUAAGUGCCCUCUGCAGGUCUUGUAGAGUAACUGAAGCAAUGAAAUUGUUUGAGGACAUGCAGAGUAAAGAGUGUUGUCCUGAUGAAUUAACUUUCAAGUUCAUUAUUGGAGGACUCAUACGGGAGAAUAAAUUAUCCGCAGCCUACAAGAUUUGGGAUCAGAUGAUGGAUAAAGGAUUCACCCUUGAUAGAGAUGUGUCUGAUACACUCAUAAAGGCUAGCUGUUCAGUGAGUGCUGAUGCUUAGGCAUAAUAAAGGUAUAAGCCUUUAAAAUUGUCAAACUUGCCUUCUCCUGUGCAAAAAUGCCGUCGUAGUCAAAAGUGUGGCGGCAUGGAGAUGCUGAUACAGAGCUAUGUAAGCCUCUACUGAUACCUGCUGCUGCUUGGAGAGAAACAAGAGACUUAUCAGCUGACUUGAUAUUAAAACUCCUGAAGAGGGGCAUCAUUUAUGGUCAGACUAUGGAACAAGUCAGCCAGCUCUCUAGCGUUGGAGAUGAAACAAUUUCUCCUAACUCAGUUUAAAGUUUAAACCCACUCCUCAGAAAUAUUACACUGAGGACCGAUUAAUUUUGGACUGAGGAGUUACCUUUUUUAUGUAUCGGCACAUCAAGCUUUGUUGUUUCUUGGUUGGUGAAGCAUGA